CAGAACAUGAAAUUUUGACAAUGCGCCGAUAUGGUUUGCUGUAUUACAUCGUGUACACAUAAUCAGAGUCGAUAGGGAUGCAUAUCCGUUCGGUGAUCACCGCUUGACGGCUGCGAGGAGCAACCCAGGGCAGUCACUUUCAAAACGCCAUCUACAGUGGAAGGCGGAGGGGUGCAUUCAUGUUUUUCCCUGUGUGGUGUCCCUGUGUGGUGCGUCAUACUGGCAAAUCCAGGUAUUGGGGGGCGCAUGAUUGCUAAAUUGGGCAAGUGAUCCUUCGAGGUCAGGACGGGAAUUCAGACAGACACGGGGAAAAAAAAGGGACUUUGACGGCGACCCAAAAAAAAAAAGAUCAAUGUCGCAUUUUGGGCUUGUCGCUGAAUCAAAAGGGACGGCAGUCGGACGAGCUGCGAAACAAGACAUCGAACGGUUUUCCGGAUUCUUGGUCUGUUGUCCCGCGAAGUCAAUGGCCAGCCCGUGAUCCAAGAGCCAGAGCCAGAGCCAGAGCCAGCGACUUGGUCGCGUGGGAUUGAGCUUUCCCCGCACACCAGACCUCCAUGACCCGAGCGGGAAGGCACGACAACGUACAGCCAGCCUAAUCAUUGAGCCAUCUCGUCAUUACUCGCAGGCCUGUCCUCCUCUGCCGUCAUUUUAUCCCUAGCCGCUGCCGUCUCUGUCGGCCCUCUUUCGUCACAGUUUUCGACCCCCCACAAGCACCAGCCAUUGCGUCAGCAGCCCGGAUACGCCGGCCCUUUUCUACCCUCUCCUGGUCGGAGUCCUUCUUCCUCGCCCCGUCGAUAGAGCGACAGCCGCAAACUAGCUUCGUCCGGCGGGCAGCCAAGAGGAGGAGGUGGCAUGUCGCAUAACCAACCCCGGCUUCCUCCCCGAGGAAGCCCCGACGCGGCCGCCGUUGCCCAAGACUAUGAGCCGUCGCGACCGUCAUCCUCCUCCCCCGACUACGAGCCACCAAUCCCCGUCCCCUCAUCAUCCGCCCCGCUGUCGCUGGAGUACGUGCGCACCGAGCCCGACGCCCUCGCCGCCGCAGCAGCAGCAUCCUCGGCCGCACCCCGCGGCGACGCCAUGACGGGCCCCCGCCCCCGCCCCGGCCCCGUCGCCGGCGCCGACGCCACCCCGAUCACGGCGCUCGAGAGGUGGGCGGCGCAUGCGACGUCGUCGCAGUUCAACGCCUUCGCCGGCGCCGUCGGCGGCCUCACCUCGGGUGUCGUCGUCUGCCCCCUCGACGUCAUCAAGACCAAGCUGCAGGCCCAGGGUGGCUUCGCGGCCGUGCAGAAGGGCCGCCACGUCGGCCACCACCGCGUCUACCGCGGCCUCGUCGGCACCGGCAGGACCAUAUGGCGCGAGGAGGGCAUCCGCGGCAUGUACAGGGGCCUCGGCCCUAUAAUACUAGGCUACCUACCCACCUGGGCCGUCUGGUUCACCGUUUAUAACAAAAGCAAGGAGCACAUAUCGCAGCACACUAAAAACACAUUCCUCGUCAACUUCUGGUCCUCAAUCGUGGCCGGGGCCAGCAGCACAAUCGUGACGAACCCGAUAUGGGUCAUCAAGACUCGGCUCAUGUCUCAGACGGCGCACCACAUCCGGACCAGCUAUUCACAGUUCCCAAAGGGCGCAAACACGCCGACGUCGCGACCGACAUUGCACUCGCCGUGGCACUACAAGUCGACGCUGGACGCCGCCCGCAAGAUGUACACGACCGAGGGCAUCGCUUCUUUCUAUUCGGGCCUGACCCCGGCCCUGCUGGGACUCACGCACGUGGCCGUGCAGUUCCCGGCCUAUGAGUACUUCAAGACCCAAUUCACAGGCCGUGGCAUGGGCGACGGCGGCGGCCACGGCGCGACCCCCGAGUGGCUCGGUGUGUUGUCGGCCACCAUAUUGUCAAAGGUGAUGGCGAGCAGCGCCACGUACCCGCACGAGGUCAUCAGGACGCGGCUGCAGACGCAGCAGCGGCCCGUCGUGGGCAUGGGACGCAACGGCUCGUCGGCGGAGCAGGAGCAGAUGCUGCCCAGGUACAGGGGCAUCGCCAGGACAUUCCGCACCAUCCUGGUCGAGGAGGGCUGGAGAGCCUUCUACGCCGGAAUGGGCACCAACCUGAUGCGGGCCGUGCCCGCGGCGGCGGUGACGAUGCUCACAUACGAGACGGUCAUGCGCAGGCUAAACGAGGCCAAGCACGAUGGCGAGAGGAAGCUCUCGGCCGCUGACGAUGCCGAGGGCCUCUCGCUGUGAUUGCAAAGAAAUAAACCCGAUCGCUGGCCGAUGUCUUCCUCAGGGAUAUACGCGCCGCUUUCUUUUCAUCAUGUUGCUCUUUAGUCUUGGAGACAGAACCGGUUUUAUUUUUCUCGGCAAGGGGGUUUUACGCGGAAACAUGCGUGCGAUGACGGACAGAGCAAGCAGACGAUACCCCGACAACUCUUAAAACAUUACUUUACUUGGUUUUAGUGUAGGUAUAGAUAUGUGACGUUUUUUUCUUACUCUCUUUUCAUUAGCAGGGCUCGAAGGGACCAGGGCGGAUGGCUGGAAGAAGUCCGAGGCUCGGUUUUUGCUUGUUUUAUCAUGCCCCACCGCGCCCUGAAGCAUCAUUUCAGAGAUACAAGUUGUUAUUUGUCACACCCUUUUGUUGAGAAAUAAAGCCCAUUGAAUGAUGAUUUAAACCG